GUGAAGAAAAUUAAAUAUUGAGCAAUAAGGUGAAGAAAAAGCAUAUAUAUAUAUAUAUAUAUAUAUAUAUAUAUAUAUAUAUUAGCAUUAUUAUUCAAAAUGACAUCUUUCCCUAUGAAUGCUGGUGAUGGUCCUUAUAGCUACUUCAAAAACUCCCAUUUGCAGGGAAUGCUUGAUGAAUCUCUAUUUGAUUCAUUCAAUUUGCCAAUGUAUUUUCCCUCUCCUAAAGAUAUGACUAAAGUGGUGGAGAAAAAUGGUUAUUUUAGUAUUGAGAGAAUGGAGUUGACAGAUCCCAAAUCAAAGCUUGUGGAUGAAGUUGAUGCAAAGACUUUAAUGAUAAAUCUAAGGGUUGUUUUAGAAGGACUAAUAAUAAAUCACUUUGGAAGUGAAAUAGCAGAAGAAACUUGAGCAAGGACUAUUCUAAAAUGUGAAGAGAUUUCGACAUGCAUGAAAGCUAAUUAUGAGAAAUCAUGUCAAUUGUUUGUUGCUUUGAAGCGUAAAUAAACUUAAGUGUGAAGGAAUCGAUAUAUUAUAUGAUGUGGCACAUCUUACGAGCAA